CAUAUACAUACUGACUGUGCAAUGGUCGUGUCGAAGGAACUCUUAUCAUACACCCAGGAAUGGCAUGUUUCCGUGUAUCUGUUGAGGGGUCUUGUAUGGUUGUCAUCACGGCGUAAGGUAACGUCGGUGGGAUAAGUGUACAUUUUACACGGCGAAUACGAGACGUUAUACCAGGCCAGUCGAGGUAUGGAAACAUGAGUGAGAUAGCCUCAGCGAACGCACCACGGGAAGAUCUUGAGGAAGCAAAGAAUACUCUUCACUACUUGUUGGGAGAUGACAAAACAGACACUGACGACAUCGUUAGACGUUUCUCGGAAACCAGCCACAUGUAUGACAAGGUCGUGGACGCAGUAAGCUAUUCAAGUCCUAUGCAGACUGCCAAAGUAACUGCAGAGCUGUUUCCUGGCAACAGAGAACAUAUCUAUAUUCUCGAUGCGGCUGCUGGAACUGGACUUUGUGCAGAAAGGCUUUUCUCUCAUGGCUUUCGGAAAAUUGAUGCUCUAGAACCUUCAGCCAAAAUGCUUGAACAGGCAAAGACGAAAGGGCUGUAUUGUCAGUACUACCUGAAGGGAUUAGGAGAAAAUACGUUAGACAUUGCCAAUGACACGUAUGAUGCCGUAACCAUUUGCGCGUUGAGCACAGUGGUUUUGAAAAAGCUGCCUAUUAAAGCAUUUGAAGAGCUCAUCCGCAUUACCAAACCAGGCGGAUAUAUUAUUAACACCGCUUACUCUCGCCUGUUUUCCGACGAUGGGGAUGCUGAGGCAGUGGUGUUCAGAGAAAACACGAAGACACUGGUAUCCCAAGGGAAAUGGAAACAGGUGGAACUGACCCUCUUUCACCAAACCUUCUUCGAUUCAGAUGGGGCCGUUUCAGUCCACAAAGUCCUGAAAUGAACUUAUUGCUAAUUGCAUUUCAGGACCUUCUCAUUAUGUCCUGGAUGCUUUGUAAAAUAUUUCCCUUUAUGUAUUAAUGUAGUUGGAUGAAACACAAACGAAUUUACUC